GUCAUCUGUCAGUUAUGAAAUGUCAAAAAUCGGUCUUAUACGAAUUAUCGGGAAAACUGUUUCUUAAAUUUACUUUUAAAUUACGUAUUUACUGUAAAAGUAUCUCAAACAAUAGUUAUAUCAGGAACGUAGCAUUUUAGUGAUACUCAAAUAUGAGUGCUAUAUUUAAUUUCCAAAGCUUGCUCUCAGUUAUACUACUCUUAAUAUGCACCUGUGCGUAUUUAAGAUCAUUCUUCCCUAGUAUUAUGGAUCGGAAUAAGACAGGAUUACUUGGUACUUUCUGGAAAUGUGCAAGAAUUGGUGAAAGAAAAUCUCCAUAUGUUGCCGUCAGCUGCAUAAUAAUGGCAUUCAGUAUAUUAUUCCUUACAUAACUUUCAUAAGAUUUGAAUAUCAAUUUUGUUCAUCAUAACCACUAUUUUUAAUAUUUGUAAAUAAAUAUUUUCAAAAAUA